AUGCCUAAUCCUUUAAGAUGGCAAGUGACUGUACCGUUAUCGCUAUUGUAUGUCGCUUUCAUUUUCUAUCUUUCAGGACCGAUUGGGCUCUACACUGGUCAUGGAACUCUUCUAAAAGUAUAUUAUUACCGAGUUAUUGUCAUCGAAGUUAUUGUAGACUUGAUAUUCUCAAUUUUGUGGUUUUUCACGGCUAUCACUUAUUUUGCUGGAUUCUAUGUUCACGGCAAAACACUUAAGUUUUUUCGGACUCGAUGGAAUGGUUACGAUGAUGGCGACUUAGUGCUUGCAACUAAACUACGAGCACAAGGGCUGCCUGUUGCAGUGUAUAAUAUGCGAGAAUACUUCACAUUUUUCAAAUUGGAACAUGAAUCUGAGAGCCAGUUACAAAAGGAACAGCGGGCUGCAACAGGAGCGAUGAAAAGCAGUGGAAAGUCAGCGAAACUAAAUAGCGGUAAUUCAGUUACCGGGUAG